AUGGCAUGCGGGGUGGCAUGCGUGGUGGCAUGCGUGGUGGCAUGCGUGGUGGCAUGCGUGGUGGCAUGCGUGGUGGCAUGCGUGGUGGCAUGCGUGGUGGCAUGCGUGGUGGCAUGCGUGGUGGCAUGCGUGGUGGCAUGCGUGGUGGCAUGCGUGGUGGCAUGCGUGGUGGCAUGCGUGGUGGCAUGCGUGGUGGCAUGCGUGGUGGCAUGCGUGGUGGCAUGCGUGGGGGCAUGCGUGGUGGCAUGCGUGGUGGCAUGCGUGGUGGCAUGCCGUGGUGGCAUGCGUGGUGGCAUGCGUGGUGGCAUGCGUGGUGGCAUGCGUGGUGGCAUGCGUGGUGGCAUGCGUGGUGGCAUGCGUGGUGGCAUGCGUGGUGGCAAUGCGUGGUGGCAUGCGUGGUGGCAUGCGUGGUGGCAUGCGUGGUGGCAUGCGUGGUGGCAUGCGUGGUGGCAUGCGUGGGUGGCAUGCGUGGUGGCAUGCGUGGUGGCAUGCGUGGUGGCAUGCGUGGUGGCAUGCGUGGUUGGCAUGCGUGGUGGCAUGCGUGGUGGCAUGCGUGGUGGCAUGCGUGGUGGCAUGCGUGGUGGCAUGCGUGGUGGCAUGCGUGGUGGCAUGCGUGGUGGCAUGCGUGGUGGCAUGCGUGGUGGCAUGCGUGGUGGCAUGCGUGGUGGCAUGCGUGGUGGCAUGCGUGGUGGCAUGCGUGGUGGCAUGCGUGGUGGCAUGCGUGGUGGCAUGCGUGGUGGCAUGCGUGGUGGCAUGCGUGGUGGCAUGCGUGGUGGCAUGCGUGGUGGCAUGCGUGGUGGCAUGCGUGGUGGCAUGCGUGGUGGCAUGCGUGGUGGCAUGCGUGGUGGCAUGCGUGGUGGCAUGCGUGGUGGCAUGCGUGGUGGCAUGCGUGGUGGCAUGCGUGGUGGCAUGCGUGGUGGCAUGCGUGGUGGCAUGCGUGGUGGCAUGCGUGGUGGCAUGCGUGGUGGCAUGCGUGGUGGCAUGCGUGGUGGCAUGCGUGGUGGCAUGCGUGGUGGCAUGCGUGGUGGCAUGCGUGGUGGCAUGCGUGGUGGCAUGCGUGGUGGCAUGCGUGGUGGCAUGCGUGGUGGCAUGCGUGGUGGCAUGCGUGGUGGCAUGCGUGGUGGCAUGCGUGGUGGCAUGCGUGGUGGCAUGCGUGGUGGCAUGCGUGGUGGCAUGCGUGGUGGCAUGCGUGGUGGCAUGCGUGGUGGCAUGCGUGGUGGCAUGCGUGGUGGCAUGCGUGGUGGCAUGCGUGGUGGCAUGCGUGGUGGCAUGCGUGGUGGCAUGCGUGGUGGCAUGCGUGGUGGCAUGCGUGGUGGCAUGCGUGGUGGCAUGCGUGGUGGCAUGCGUGGUGGCAUGCGUGGUGGCAUGCGUGGUGGCAUGCGUGGUGGCAUGCGUGGUGGCAUGCGUGGUGGCAUGCGUGGUGGCAUGCGUGGUGGCAUGCGUGGUGGCAUGCGUGGUGGCAUGCGUGGUGGCAUGCGUGGUGGCAUGCGUGGUGGCAUGCGUGGUGGCAUGCGUGGUGGCAUGCGUGGUGGCAUGCGUGGUGGCAUGCGUGGUGGCAUGCGUGGUGGCAUGCGUGGUGGGCAUGCGUGGUGGCAUGCGUGGUGGCAUGCGUGGUGGCAUGCGUGGUGGCAUGUCCGUGGUGGCAUGCGUGGUGGCAUGCGUGGUGGCAUGCGUGGUGGCAUGCGUGGUGGCAUGCGUGGUGGCAUGCGUGGUGGCAUGCGUGGUGGCAUGCGUGGUGGCAUGCGUGGUGGCAAUGCGUGGUGGCAUGCGUGGUGGCACGUGGUGGCAUGCGUGGUGGCAUGCGUGGUGGCAUGCGUGGUGGCAUGCGUGGUGGCAUGCGUGGUGGCAUGCGUGGUGGCAUGCGUGGUGGCAUGCGUGGUGGCAUGCGUGGUGGCAUGCGUGGUGGCAUGCGUGGUGGCAUGCGUGGUGGCAUGCUGGUGGCAUGCGUGGUGGCAUGCGUGGUGGCAUGCGUGGUGGCAUGCGUGUGGCAUGCGUGGUGGCAUGCGUGGUGGCAUGCGUGGUGGCAUGCGUGGUGGCAUGCGUGGUGGCAUGCGUGGUGGCAUGCGUGGUGGCAUGCGUGGUGGCAUGCGUGGUGGCAUGCGUGGUGGCAUGCGUGGUGGCAUGCGUGGUGGCAUGCGUGGUGGCAUGCGUGGUGGCAUGCGUGGUGGCAUGCGUGGUGGCAUGCGUGGUGGCAUGCGUGGUGGCAUGCGUGGUGGCAUGCGUGGUGGCAUGCGUGGUGGCAUGCGUGGUGGCAUGCGUGGUGGCAUGCGUGGUGGCAUGCGUGGUGGCAUGCGUGGUGGCAUGCGUGGUGGCAUGCGUGGUGGCAUGCGUGGUGGCAUGCGUGGUGGCAUGCGUGGUGGCAUGCGUGGUGGCAUGCGUGGUGGCAUGCGUGGUGGCAUGCGUGGUGGCAUGCGUGGUGGCAUGCGUGGUGGCAUGCGUGGUGGCAUGCGUGGUGGCAUGCGUGGUGGCAUGCGUGGUGGCAUGCGUGGUGGCAUGCGUGGUGGCAUGCGUGGUGGCAUGCGUGGUGGCAUGCGUGGUGGCAUGCGUGGUGGCAUGCGUGGUGGCAUGCGUGGUGGCAUGCGUGGUGGCAUGCGUGGUGGCAUGCGUGGUGGCAUGCGUGGUGGCAUGCGUGGUGGCAUGCGUGGUGGCAUGCGUGGUGGCAUGCGUGGUGGCAUGCGUGGUGGCAUGCGUGGUGGCAUGCGUGGUGGCAUGCGUGGUGGCAUGCGUGGUGGCAUGCGUGGUGGCAUGCGUGGUGGCAUGCGUGGUGGGCAUGCGUGGUGGCAUGCGUGGUGGCAUUGCCGUGGUGGCAUGGCGUGGUGGCAUGCGUGGGUGGCAUGCGUGGUGGCAUGCGUGGUGGCAUGCGUGGUGGCAUGCGUGGUGGCAUGCGUGGUGGCAUGCGUGGUGGCAUGCGUGGUGGCAUGCGUGGUGGCAUGCGUGGUGGCAUGCGUGGUGGCAUGCGUGGUGGCAUGCGUGGUGGCAUGCGUGGUGGCAUGCGUGGUGGCAUGCGUGGUGGCAUGCGUGGUGGCAUGCGUGGUGGCAUGCGUGGUGGCAUGCGUGGUGGCAUGCGUGGUGGCAUGCGUGGUGGCAUGCGUGGUGGCAUGCGUGGUGGCAUGCGUGGUGGCAUGCGUGGUGGCAUGCGUGGUGGCAUGCGUGGUGGCAUGCGUGGUGGCAUGCGUGGUGGCAUGCGUGGUGGCAUGCGUGGUGGCAUGCGUGGUGGCAUGCGUGGUGGCAUGCGUGGUGGCAUGCGUGGUGGCAUGCGUGGUGGCAUGCGUGGUGGCAUGCGUGGUGGCAUGCGUGGUGGCAUGCGUGGUGGCAUGCGUGGUGGCAUGCGUGGUGGCAUGCGUGGUGGCAUGCGUGGUGGCAUGCGUGGUGGCAUGCGUGGUGGCAUGCGUGGUGGCAUGCGUGGUGGCAUGCGUGGUGGCAUGCGUGGUGGCAUGCGUGGUGGCAUGCGUGGUGGCAUGCGUGGUGGCAUGCGUGGUGGCAUGCGUGGUGGCAUGCGUGGUGGCAUGCGUGGUGGCAUGCGUGGUGGCAUGCGUGGUGGCAUGCGUGGUGGCAUGCGUGGUGGCAUGCGUGGUGGCAUGCGUGGUGGCAUGCGUGGUGGCAUGCGUGGUGGCAUGCGUGGUGGCAUGCGUGGUGGCAUGCGUGGUGGCAUGCGUGGUGGCAUGCGUGGUGGCAUGCGUGGUGGCAUGCGUGGUGGCAUGCGUGGUGGCAUGCGUGGUGGCAUGCGUGGUGGCAUGCGUGGUGGCAUGCGUGGUGGCAUGCGUGGUGGCAUGCGUGGUGGCAUGCGUGGUGGCAUGCGUGGUGGCAUGCGUGGUGGCAUGCGUGGUGGCAUGCGUGGUGGCAUGCGUGGUGGCAUGCGUGGUGGCAUGCGUGGUGGCAUGCGUGGUGGCAUGCGUGGUGGCAUGCGUGGUGGCAUGCGUGGUGGCAUGCGUGGUGGCAUGCGUGGUGGCAUGCGUGGUGGCAUGCGUGGUGGCAUGCGUGGUGGCAUGCGUGGUGGCAUGCGUGGUGGCAUGCGUGGUGGCAUGCGUGGUGGCAUGCGUGGUGGCAUGCGUGGUGGCAUGCGUGGUGGCAUGCGUGGUGGCAUGCGUGGUGGCAUGCGUGGUGGCAUGCGUGGUGGCAUGCGUGGUGGCAUGCGUGGUGGCAUGCGUGGUGGCAUGCGUGGUGGCAUGCGUGGUGGCAUGCGUGGUGGCAUGCGUGGUGGCAUGCGUGGUGGCAUGCGUGGUGGCAUGCGUGGUGGCAUGCGUGGUGGCAUGCGUGGUGGCAUGCGUGGUGGCAUGCGUGGUGGCAUGCGUGGUGGCAUGCGUGGUGGCAUGCGUGGUGGCAUGCGUGGUGGCAUGCGUGGUGGCAUGCGUGGUGGCAUGCGUGGUGGCAUGCGUGGUGGCAUGCGUGGUGGCAUGCGUGGUGGCAUGCGUGGUGGCAUGCGUGGUGGCAUGCGUGGUGGCAUGCGUGGUGGCAUGCGUGGUGGCAUGCGUGGUGGCAUGCGUGGUGGCAUGCGUGGUGGCAUGCGUGGUGGCAUGCGUGGUGGCAUGCGUGGUGGCAUGCGUGGUGGCAUGCGUGGUGGCAUGCGUGGUGGCAUGCGUGGUGGCAUGCGUGGUGGCAUGCGUGGUGGCAUGCGUGGUGGCAUGCGUGGUGGCAUGCGUGGUGGCAUGCGUGGUGGCAUGCGUGGUGGCAUGCGUGGUGGCAUGCGUGGUGGCAUGCGUGGUGGCAUGCGUGGUGGCAUGCGUGGUGGCAUGCGUGGUGGCAUGCGUGGUGGCAUGCGUGGUGGCAUGCGUGGUGGCAUGCGUGGUGGCAUGCGUGGUGGCAUGCGUGGUGGCAUGCGUGGUGGCAUGCGUGGUGGCAUGCGUGGUGGCAUGCGUGGUGGCAUGCGUGGUGGCAUGCGUGGUGGCAUGCGUGGUGGCAUGCGUGGUGGCAUGCGUGGUGGCAUGCGUGGUGGCAUGCGUGGUGGCAUGCGUGGUGGCAUGCGUGGUGGCAUGCGUGGUGGCAUGCGUGGUGGCAUGCGUGGUGGCAUGCGUGGUGGCAUGCGUGGUGGCAUGCGUGGUGGCAUGCGUGGUGGCAUGCGUGGUGGCAUGCGUGGUGGCAUGCGUGGUGGCAUGCGUGGUGGCAUGCGUGGUGGCAUGCGUGGUGGCAUGCGUGGUGGCAUGCGUGGUGGCAUGCGUGGUGGCAUGCGUGGUGGCAUGCGUGGUGGCAUGCGUGGUGGCAUGCGUGGUGGCAUGCGUGGUGGCAUGCGUGGUGGCAUGCGUGGUGGCAUGCGUGGUGGCAUGCGUGGUGGCAUGCGUGGUGGCAUGCGUGGUGGCAUGCGUGGUGGCAUGCGUGGUGGCAUGCGUGGUGGCAUGCGUGGUGGCAUGCGUGGUGGCAUGCGUGGUGGCAUGCGUGGUGGCAUGCGUGGUGGCAUGCGUGGUGGCAUGCGUGGUGGCAUGCGUGGUGGCAUGCGUGGUGGCAUGCGUGGUGGCAUGCGUGGUGGCAUGCGUGGUGGCAUGCGUGGUGGCAUGCGUGGUGGCAUGCGUGGUGGCAUGCGUGGUGGCAUGCGUGGUGGCAUGCGUGGUGGCAUGCGUGGUGGCAUGCGUGGUGGCAUGCGUGGUGGCAUGCGUGGUGGCAUGCGUGGUGGCAUGCGUGUGGCAUGCGUGGUGGCAUGCGUGGUGGCAUGCGUGGUGGCAUGCGUGGUGGCAUGCGUGGUGGCAUGCGUGGUGGCAUGCGUGGUGGCAUGCGUGGUGGCAUGCGUGGUGGCAUGCGUGGUGGCAUGCGUGGUGGCAUGCGUGGUGGCAUGCGUGGUGGCAUGCGUGGUGGCAUGCGUGGUGCAUGCGUGGUGCAUGCGUGGUGGCAUGCGUGGUGGCAUGCGUGGUGGUGGCAUGCGUUGGUGGCAUGCGUGGUGGCAUGCGUGGUGGCAUGCGUGGUGGCAUGCGUGGUGGCAUGCGUGGUGGCAUGCGUGGUGGCAUGCGUGGUGGCAUGCGUGGUGGCAUGCGUGGUGGCAUGCGUGGUGGCAUGCGUGGUGGCAUGCGUGGUGGCAUGCGUGGUGGCAUGCGUGGUGGCAUGCGUGGUGGCAUGCGUGGUGGCAUGCGUGGUGGCAUGCGUGGUGGCAUGCGUGGUGGCAUGCGUGGUGGCAUGCGUGGUGGCAUGCGUGGUGGCAUGCGAGCGAAGCGCAGCGCAUCCAUCGCCAUGCGCACUCGCACCGGGGGAGGUUGCCGUGCUGCCCUGCUGGGGUUGGGGAAGCACAUGUAUGAUGUGAUGUCCGGUGCAGUGUCCACACAAAGCAAAGCACGGCGCAUCUGUGGCCAUGCGCACUCGCACCAGGGUAUUCUUCCCUGCUGCACUCCCUGCCCUGCUGGGGGUUGGUUGGUUGAGGGGUGA